AUACCCGAUUGGGCAGAACGCCUUAAUCAUCACACAAACAAAAAUCAACCUUUGGAACCCACCGAAAAAAAAAAAAAUCAACCCUUGGAGACGAGAAACUAACCGGAGAACCGAGAGAAGAAACAGAGCAGAGAAUGGCAAGCACUGCUGGUCAGGUUAUCCGCUGCAAAGCUGCUGUGGCAUGGGAGGCAGGGAAGCCACUAGUGAUGGAAGAAGUGGAGGUGGCGCCCCCGCAGGCAAUGGAGGUCCGCCUCAAGGUCCUCUUCACUUCCCUUUGCCACACCGACGUCUACUUCUGGGAAGCCAAGGGGCAGACCCCAUUGUUUCCUCGCAUUUUCGGUCAUGAAGCCUCUGGGAUUGUGGAGAGUGUUGGAGAAGGAGUGACAGACCUAAAACCCGGGGACCAUGUCCUUCCGGUGUUCACUGGAGAGUGCAAGGAGUGUCGGCAUUGCAAGUCUGAGGAGAGCAACAUGUGUGAUCUCCUGAGGAUCAACACAGACCGAGGAGUCAUGCUGAACGAUGGAAAGACGAGGUUCUCAAUCAAUGGGAAGCCAAUUUACCAUUUCGUUGGAACCUCUACCUUCAGUGAGUACACAGUGGUUCAUGUGGGUUGCGUUGCCAAGAUCAACCCCGAAGCUCCACUGGACAAAGUCUGUGUUCUCAGUUGUGGAAUCUCAACCGGUCUCGGUGCCACAUUGAAUGUUGCUAAACCAAAUAAGGGCUCCUCUGUGGCUGUUUUUGGGUUGGGAGCUGUUGGGCUUGCGGCUGCCGAGGGGGCUAGAAUUGCUGGCGCAUCGAGGAUUAUUGGAGUCGAUUUGAACCCGAAGAGAUUCGAAGAAGCCAAGAAGUUUGGAGUCACUGAGUUCGUGAACCCGAAGGACUAUGACAAGCCUGUUCAGGAGGUGAUCGCUGAAAUGACCAACGGAGGUGUUGAUCGGAGUGUGGAGUGCACGGGGAAUAUCAAUGCUAUGAUUUCGGCGUUCGAAUGUGUUCACGACGGAUGGGGUGUUGCCGUUCUUGUCGGCGUUCCGAACAAGGAUGAUGCAUUCAAGACCCACCCGAUGAACGUCUUGAACGAAAGGACACUGAAGGGUACCUUCUUCGGGAAUUACAAGCCCAGGACCGAUCUUCCUUCUGUUGUGGAAAAGUAUAUGAAUAAGGAGCUUGAGGUGGAGAAGUUCAUUACCCAUGAAGUUACAUUCUCGGAGAUCAACAAGGCGUUUGACUACAUGCUAGCAGGAGACGGAAUCCGAUGUAUAAUUCGAAUGGAUGCAUAGAGUUGCUUAUGGCUUUUGCAAGAGAAGAAUGGAGUUCCUGCUGUGUAAACAGAGGUUGUGUAUGGGCUUCGACUCUUUUUUGUGCUGUAAUGUCUAUGUCGUCUGUGUGACAACAUAGUAGUGAUCAUUCUAAUUUCGAUGAAAUGGUUCCGUACACAUAAUGAUAAUAAGAAAUUUUCUUUCACCUC